AUGGAUACCUCGCCUUUGAGUGAUCAUAUGGAUUCUUCCGACUCCGACUCUAACCAAGCAGCGCACGGCCGGAAGCGGGGCUUCAGCCAAGUGAUGUCCUCCCCGCCCAGCCAGCGUUCAUCGGCGCGCCCAGUAGGUUCUAGGCCAUUGAGCGGCCAGAGCCAACACACGGCAUGUUACUGUACACAGCGAUGCUUAUUGGGUUUGCAACAAGGAGGUGAAUUGGACCAUCAAUGCCCUAAUGUUUCUCUCCACCGGCGAGGCCAGAAUGAUGAUCGACAUUGUAUCGAUGCAAGGAAGCUUGUGCAAACACUGAAUGAACAGCUCAAUCGUGACCUUGAUCAUAACUGCACACCAUUUGGGACUUGUGGAUCGUAUGGUGCACCCUUCAAGAUCACUUGUGCUGCAUAUGGCUACACUCUUGUUGGAAAGGGGCAACAGCCGGGCUAUGGAAAGUUGUCUCACGUGAAGCAGAAAUAUACCGGGUUCUUCAGAAAGCACAGGGUUCUGCUGUCCCUGUCGAAGAAGGAAAUCCGCAUGCUGGGAGUGGUACAUAAAGACCUGCGGUCUGCCAACAUGUUAUGGAAUGACGAGCUGCGCCGGGUCCUGAUCAUAGACUUUCACCGGUCCGACAUAGACAGGCGCCCGAUGAAAAAGCGGGUUGGAUCCUUGAAAAGGCCACUUCAUCAGGUGGGCAUGUCGAAACGACCCUGUAAUAACAAUGGCUUGACUGGGCGUAUCUCAGGGUCCUAG